ACCGUUAGAUUCUAGACAACAAAACAUAAUGCUUUAUGUGAUCUACUUUCAUCCGCAAAGAAAAAAGAUAGUAUAUCUCAAUAAUUAUAUCAUAUACUUUAUGGAAAGAAAACUACAUCACAGCAACAGGGUCGUAUUUAAAUCUGUGCUUGUACAAAAACAUGAACUUGCAAGGUUUUCAAUCCUAAACAGAUUUCUUCACAUCUACACAAGGAAUCUAGCAGGGAAUUACCUCAAGGCCUGACCUAACCUUACCUUGCCUGCAGGCAUACAUCAUACCUCAACCAUCAGAAUGUCUAAGAACUGAGGUUAGCUAGCAAGCAAGCAUACAUCAACCAUCAGCAUGUCUAAGAAUUAGGGUAGAUAGCAAGCAAGCAGGCAUAACUCAAGCAUCAGCAUGUCCUCGUCGAAGGGAAGCUAGCAAGCAAGCAAUCAUGUGCCAAGCCAUGCCAAACUUGCCCCACGCAACUAAACUUAGCAAAUGUUCAGCUAAUAUUUAUGUAUACCAUAAAAGCCUCAGCCAUGGCUGCCUCCUGCUCCACCUGGUCACCCCCUCCCUAUCCCUCCCAUUCAUCUAACUAAUCGGCCGUCAAUUACAUCAUCAGCUGCCACGCACAGGCUCCUUGACAACCUAAUGCCAUAGCACCCAUCCUGGCCUGUAUAUAAAGGUCACAUACAUGUCCAUCACAACAGACCCAAUUUAUCCAUCUUGCCAUACCACUCCUGUUCUUCUACUAAAUACCCAACCUUCAUUUCCUUCCAUUGUUACCAAAAGCUAGCGUGCAGAGUAUAGAUAAGUUCAUCAACAAUACAAACAUAUAUGGAUCCCAAAAUUGCUGUUGCUCUCACGCUUUCUCUCGUCGGUGGCUUAAGCACCUCCCUUGGUGCAUUACUAGCAAUACUAAAUCAUGCCCCAAACAACAGAACACUCGGGAUAUUACAGGGAUUUGCUACUGGACUCAUGCUGAGCAUGUCUUUCUUUGACUUGGCUUACGAUGCUAUCAAUGCGAUUGGUUUCCUGAAAGGAAAUCUUUGGUUUUUUGCUGGUGCACUUCUAUUUUCCGCAAUUGCAGAUGUAUUCCCUGAGCCGGAAUGCAACCCUGUAGAUGAAAAUGACAAACAAAUGACUGGUAAUUCAGCAAGGAAGGAACUUAUGAUGAGACACAGAAGAAGAGUUAUCUUUAGUGUAAUUGUCACCGCAAUUGUUGCUGGUGUGAGUUUGCAGAACUUUCCUGUGGGUACUGCCGCUUUUCUUGGAACCGCAAAGGGCUUUCGUGUUGGUCUUAACUUGGUUAUUGCAAUAGCUCUACACUACAUCCCAGAGGGUAUUGCUGUAGCUCUCCCUGCAUAUUUCGCCACUUGCAGCAAAUGGCAAGCAUUCAAGCUAGCAACACUUUCUGGUUUUGCAGAGCCAAUAGGUGUAAUUAUCGUGGCAUACCUAUUUCCGAGCAACUUAAACCCUGAAAUAUUGGAAGGUCUACUUGGAUUAGUGGGUGGAGUCAUGGCAUUUCUGACACUGUAUGAGAUGCUACCAUUAGCAAUUGAAUACGCUGGACGCAAGGAUGCAGUAAAAUCUGUAUUUGUCGGCAUGGCUUUUAUGUCCAUGAGCUUGUACUUCCUAGAAGUUAGUCUUCCAAAGGAAAUGGCCGCUUAAUAUUUGAGUCUAACAAACUAAAGCACUGUGGGCAAAUGCAUCAUGAACUUGCAAUAAGGGUCUUCAUCAAUGUCCUACAGAUGCAUGGCUGCAAGAAAGUUAUAACUCUCACUCAGACAGGUCAUGUACAUAUCAAAUAAAACUGUACAUACUGGAAAGAGAUAAAACAUUCAUAUGAUGUAAAUAACAAAAAGGAACAUUCUGAGAUGAACCACUGAUUUCCAUUCGCCAAAGAUAUUUGUACCUCAUGUGCUCCAACAUAGGAGUAUUAUACUUUGAAGUUCACUUUAUGGAAAGACUAUAAGCCUAGUAGCUUGUUACCUUUCUAGUUUUUCCAUGAAUUACUUUCAUCUUCUCUAAGCAUUACCAUUGACAUCCUGUUAUGUCAAGCAUAUAAUCAGUCUCUUUCAAUGCGUUACUGUAA